AUGAGCGCCGGUGUAGAUUCCAAUAACCCUAAAAUUCAAAUUAUUGUCACUAGCGAUCACCCAAUUUCUGCAAUUUCCAACGCUACCACUAGCAGUGACAGCGCCACUAGUACCGGCGUUGAUAAUAGCAAGAGCAACAAGAAAGGUAAAGGCAAAGGAGGGCCGGAUAAUGGAAAGUUUAAGAAUAGAGGAGUAAGGCAGCGGAGCUGGGGCAAGUGGGUUGCUGAGAUCCGUGAGCCCAGAAAGAGAACUCGCACUGGACUCCCGGAAUCCAUCCUAGUUGAUGCAUCCUCAGCUGCCGAUAAAACCAUCAUCCAGCUCGAUCCCAAUUCAUUGUACGGUUCUUACUAUGCCUCUCUUCCCCUCCAAGACUUCGUCUCCUUCCUCCAAUCUCAGCAGCUCCAAUCUCAAUCAUCUUCCAAUCCCCAAGUUCCUCUGACUGACGACACCGAAAAUUACGUUUGUGUCCCUCUUAUUGCUCGCCCCCUCUACUCAUCACAAGAAAUCAACUCCUACUCCUCCGAGUCCCUCAAUAAUUCCAGAAAAUUCUGCCUCGAUUUGACGGGACCUCGGGUUCUGCUUUGCUCCGACCCUAUGAUUGAUUUGAUCAUUAAAAUGAGCAUAAAUCAGUAUAUGGAGUUCAUACCCGUAGAUGCUAGUUUCAUGAGAGACGCGGAAGGAAAAUUGGGUGCCGUGCCUGACUCCUAG